AUGACGACGGCCGGCAGCGGGCCCCCGGUGGGGUCCAGCAGCACGCUGGACUUGGAUGAGAUGAUUAAUUACGUCAUCCAGUGCAAGCCGCUCAGUGAACAGCAGGUGGCACGUCUGUGCGAGAAGGUGAAGGAGGUACUAGAGAAGGAGAACAACGUGCACGCGGUGCGGGCGCCAGUCACCGUAUGCGGCGACGUGCAUGGCCAAUUUCACGACCUGCUCGAACUUUUCAAGAUUGGUGGGCUUCCACCGGACACGAACUAUCUAUUCAUGGGCGACUACGUGGAUCGCGGCUACUACAGUGUCGAGACGGUGACGCUGCUUCUCCUCUACAAGCUACGAUACCCCAGCGACUACUUUUUUCUCCGGGCAAACAAGAAAUCCGUCAAAAUUACCAGGGGUUUGGCUUUUACA